AUGGAAAGUUGUUUAUCAUCACCAGAUUCCAACAAAAGUGCAUAUGAGACUAACUAUUGUUUGGAAGAAUUGCCUGAUGCGAUAGAAGGGGAACUCAAGAAUUUUCCAAAGAAGUUAGAAAAGUUGAAAACUGAUGUGGAGACACCUUUGUAUGAGGGUUGUACUGAGUUCACUCUGUUAUCUGCUAUGUUGGAAUUAUACAACUUGAAAGCUACAAGCAGAAAUGAAUAUGAAGAGCUAACCUACUGUCCUAAGUGUGAGGCAUCACGUUAUAAGCAGAACGGGAAAAGUCCAAAGAAGGCAAUGUUGUAUUUUCCUAUUAUUCCAAGAUUCAGGCGCUUGUAUAGCAUACGUGAAGAGGUAAAGAACUUAACAUGGCAUGCACGUGGGAGAAUUAAAGAUAAUAAGGUUCGGCAUUCAGCUGAUUCUUCUAAAUGGAUAAGGUUUGAUAGGAAGUACCCUGGGUUUAGUAAAGAAGAGAGGAAUUUACGCCUUGUAUUAUCUACUGAUGGGAUGAACCCAUAUGGGAUGCAAAGUAAUACCCAUAGCACAUGGCCUGUGAUGAUGGUCAUUUAUAACCUUCCUCCUUGGCUUUGCAUGAAGCGAAAGUAUAUUAUGUUAUCCUUGCUAAUCUCAGGGUCUAAGCAACCUGAUAAUGACAUAGAUGUUUAUUUAGAACCAUUAAUUGAGGACCUAAAGCUAUUGUGGGAGAUAGGUAUAGAGGUAUAUGAUGCUUACAAAGAAGAGAUAUUCAAUUUAAGAGCCAUGCUUUUUAGUACAAUCAAUGACUUUCCAGCAUAUGAAGGCACACAUUCAGUGAGGUUACAACAUGGUAUAAAGAAUGUGUACCUUGGGCAUCGCAAAUGGUUGAGUGACAAGUAUCGAUACCGUCGUUGGAAAAAGUCAUUCAACAGAACAUCAAAAGAAGGGAGGCCACCAAAGGAAUUGACUGGUGAGGAAUUGUUUGAGAAGGUAAAAGACAUUGAUAUUCAAUUUAGUAAACCAUUUGCAAAGCAUGUUGGAACAAGCGGGUGGAAGAAAAUGUCAAUAUUCUUUGAGUUGCCAUACUGGAAGACCUUAAAUGUAAGACACUUCCUUGAUUUAAUGCAUAUUAAGAAAAAUGUCUGUGAUAGUCUUGUUGGCACAUUACUUAAUAUUCCAGGAAAAACUAAAGAUGGCAUUAAUGCGAGGUUAGACAUGGUUGUGAUGGGGAUAAGAGAAGAAUUGACACUGCAAGAGAAGAAAACUCAUCAAUUUCUUUAUGCCGCAACUUAUACACUGUCUAAAAAUGAAAAGAAAAGUUUUUGUGAGUUUCUUGAUGCGGUCAAGGUUCCAAAUAGGUACUCUUCAAACAUUAGGAAUCUUGUUUCACUGAAGGAUUUAAAGUUGAAAGGUUUAAAGACUCAUCAUGUUUUGAUGGAGAAUUUUAUUCCAGUGGUUAUAUGUGGUAUUUUACCUGAUAAUGUGCGAGGUACAUUCACAAAGCUAUGCUACUUCUUCAAGUGUCUUUGUAGUGAAGUAAUUAGCCCUGAUAAGUUAUUGAGGCUGCAAAGUUGA